AUCGGAAUUGCAGGGGAACUAUCAGCAUGCUAAGGACAGACCUCUAAUGCUAUACAUAGUACCAUUCAUAGUGCAUAGUCGGUAUCCCAGAAGAUAGCUAAGAUGUCGAGUGUUACCAGCCAACGAUCUGUCCCGCUUGAUCGCGAGUCUGUUGCGGCAGCGGCGAGGAGAAGGUCUACUGCAUCCCGUACAGCCGUAGCGUCAAUAAAUGACUUUGCUGCGUAUGAUCCAUCUGACCCAAAGACGGGCAUGGCGGCAGAUCCGGAUGUGGAGAUGCUCUUCAAGUCGAAGUCGAUUGCGGAUAUUAAAGUUAUAGAACGGAAUACCAGAUCAGAGUGUGAGCAAAAGAAAGAGGAGCUCAGACUGAUGGUGGGUGAAAGGUAUCGGGACAUGAUUGACGCGGCUGAUACUAUCCUGGAUAUGCGAGACAGUGUGACAUCAGUAGUCCAUUCCAUCGAAUCGUUGUUGGGCCAUUGUCAGAAAAUUGCGUCCAGCAGUACAAACCCAGCUCACGAGCAAGUGCAACCAGCACUACAUAGUCAUGGGCGGUAUGUGCUGAGUCGGCGAUCAAUGACACAGAUCAAGUCGGAUACCCAGCGCAACAUCUUCUACUCUGUAUCUACCCAGAUGAAGCUUUUGGUGGACGCGCCGGAACAUUUGUGGAACGCAUUGGAGAUAAAACAAUACCUCAAGGCUGCUAAACUCUAUCUGCUGUCGGAAUAUAUAUACAAUGUACUGCGGCACAACCAGUCUAUCUCGUCCUCGCUUCGGAGCCAUUUCCCGAUUCUUCAUACCCAAUGGGAUUCUAUGAGUGGUCUCAAAUCGGAAAUUGCAUCGAAAUGUGCCUUGGAACUACGUCACUGCCACGUGCGAGUGGAGCAUGUGGCAUCGAAUCUACUGUCUCUGAUCCUAUUGGACGAGCUUUCCCCCACGGAAAUAUUAACCAAACUGCUCGAAAUCCGAUUAGGGUCAAUUAAAGACACGCUUUCUCCGGCAGCCAGUCACAAUCCGGUGCACCUUCGCUUACUGCACUGCGUAGAGGUUGUGCGACUGACCAUCGAUCAGAUCUUCCCCAUGUUCGUCGGUGGUGCAGAUGGAGUGCUCCCAUUGUUGUAUCAGUACCUUAAGCAACACACGGCAGAGCGGGAGCACCGCACGAAGGAAGAAUUCCAACAGAUAGAUAUGGCAGCACCGCCCCCAGGUUCCGAAUCCGACAUCAGCAACGCAACACUCAGUGAACUAUUUGGCUACAAUUCGAACACGCUGACACUCUUCAAACACCUGCCGCUUUUCAUCCAGUCAUUCCGGCCCUCACUUCCGCAGAAGCGCCAUGUCAAGGUACCUCUGUCUGAAGUGCGUGAACUGUGCCAGCAGUGGGUGGUGGCCUGCACAGACGCCAUCGCACACGGUGUGCCUCUAGUGCUGCCCGCACACCGCAACACUCCCACAGACUCAUCAACAGAAGCCAUUACGGACUCAGCGGUGGAGGCAGAGGAAGGGGCGCACAUGCUCACGCUAUCGGAGUUGAAUGCGUGCCGACAGUAUAUACUGCGUGUCAUAUCGUACUAUUGUGAUCCGAACGCGCCACAGAAUCCGGCACGAGAUAAGCAGACCCAGCAACACACGCACUUUGCACCGCACGACACAAGCGCCGAGGCCGCCGCAACCGUAGUCGUGCCCCCGUCGGCACAGUUGGCUCGUGUGCACACACCCACACAAGAGGGUGAGUUCUACGACGCCCUGUCCGCAACCGCGUGGGCAACGGUGUGCAUGCAAGUGCUGGGCCACCAGCUGGAUCUGUGGGACACGCUGCUGCGUACGCCCAUGCUCACCCAGGCACAGGCGAUUCUGAGCGAGCAUUUCGCACGUGUAAGUGGACUGGUCAUGGACACGGCCGUGGACGUGAGCGCUGAAAGUGUGAGUCUCGAAAUAGACGGCCGCACUGUGGGAGUCAGUGCGCAGUGGCAAGAGCAAGACAUUGACCUGUCGCCUGUGAGCAAGGAGGAAGUCACGCUCACACCCCGUGCCAGAGAGUUUCUGAUUGCCCUCAAACGAGGCCAAACGUUCCUAGAAGACGAUCCUGCUAAAGCAGACGAUGACUCGGCAGAUGACAGUGGUGUGGAUGUGACUGAAUUUGCGCUCCCGAAAGUGGCCAGUCAAGCAACGACGUACAUUACUCUCAAGGCGUCCAGUAUAUCUCUCUCAGUAUAUGGUGUUGUGGCGGUAUUUGAUCUGCUGGUAGAUGCCAUUGUAUAUGACGCCCAGGGCUACUUGGGCCUCGAACCUUACACCGGCACUACCGGCCAACGUGGGUCUAAGGCGCGAGUUCAGGAAACUCACAGCAUCAAUCAGCAUUUACUAUCACUCACCAAGGGCCAGCAGGCGCACGUCCACUUGCAGUCACCAUCAGCGCAAGGCCUCACCCACACUCGCAACAGAAACUACGACCUCGCGCUGAGCGAUCCCACGCGGCGUAACGACACCUCCAGUCCUCACGCACGAUCGCCCAGCAACACUGACAGCGCCAGUGUAGACGCAAGCCGCCGCAGUAGCGAGACGGGCAGCGGGUUUGUGAAUGUGGGCAAGGUGUGGCUGGAUAGUGUCAGUGCCGAUGCCUUGGUCAUGAGCGAGCGCAUGGGCGGCGAGUGCGGGCUGUGUGUGCAGGCACUCAGCGCCAAGCUACAGGCGCUGCUGCAGGAGACGGCCAACGUCCCGGUUGCAGAUAACAACGGAGAUACCACAGGUACGUUAAAGAGGAAAUGGCGAGGGAGAGGAUUGUUAUGGGACAGUGGUGCAUUAAUGUUUGUUGGUGGAUUGGUACUUGGUUGCGAGUGCGCGUGUUUACGGUUGUUGUCGCGGGCGUAUCCGAUGGGAAUGAUAGUCGUUGGUUUGUAUCGUUUUGCGUGCAAGCCCAGGUGGUAG